AUGAAGUUUUGGGCUGUUCUCGCUCUUGCAGCGGCCGUUGCGGCUGUCCCAUUCGAGGGUGUCUCUUUGCACAAACGUGCCGGAGCAAGAAGCCAUAUUGGAUAUCGGAUUGUCUCCAAGGCCGAAGCCGACGCCAUCAACGCCAAUGAUGGAAAGGCAGUGCAGUCGCUCGGAACCUCGGGUAGACAGUUGGGAACCGGCACCUACAUCUCCCCAGCGUUCCAGGACUUCCCAGAGUACGAUCCUUCCAAGGGAAUACCGUGGGACUGUGUCGUGACCAUGGACGCCGAUACCUGGAGCGGACUGAAGAAGGCAUGGAUUCCGAAAUUCUAUGAGUUCCCGGAAGACAAGGAGAAGAACCCGGACAAGUGCAAACCACUCAACCUUUGGACCCCGAGAUGGAUGCCUAAAGAGGCCAAUCGAAAACGCUUCUUGACCAGCUUGGACUCCUCUUUCACGGAAGAGAAUACGAUUCUCUUCUCCAAGGUGUUGGGUCAUGAGGAAAAGAUUCAAGCUCUGAUUCCGCCAGCGAUCGUUGACACUGGAGUGGUCUACAUGUCUCAGUGUGCUGAACGAGAGACAGAAUCCAACAAGCAGAUUGGCAGUCUUGGUAGUGUUGAUUGGGACACUGACAAGAUGGAGGGCUGGAAUUUGGGCUCUGAUGCUGUGUAG